ACUUUUUUCUAUCAAUUAAUUUUCAAGAGUUUUGGUUAAUGUUUAAUUAUAUUUGCAGUCAAUCGGUUUGCAGUUUUACUUUCGCCCGUUAAAUAAUUUUCUAUUUCAAGAUAUUGGAUAUAAAUAUGCGUCUUUUUGGGAAAGUAACGCAUUUUCUACACAUCUCCCGGUGUCUGAGCUAUCACGCGCCAAUCUGUAGACCCCAUCGCCUGCUCCAUGGCAGCUGCAAGCAAUGGAAGAAAAUCUGCUCGAACUGCGUCUGUUGGCAACCGCCGCAGUUGGUGGAAUUCCUGCCAUCUGUGCCAACAAUGAUACACGUCCAGUUAUAUUCCCAACGUUCGCCGGGCGUCUUCAGUCCGAACACCAAUGUUGAUAUGCUGCGCAAAAGGAUCAGCUUUAGCGGAACGCCAAACGAGGCCUCCGACGGGGCACCAAAUGUUGUGCCCGUUGGCAUUAUCAUACCCGAGGCCAAAGAUGGCAAGCAACUGAAGAUUGUGAUUGUGCCAUUGGACUUGGCCAAUCAGGAUAUCGAGAGCUUGAGGAACACGCUGGAGGCGCUUAAUCAGCUGCGCAUGCACGCCAAUGAGAUCGACGCCUUCACCAACAGCAUGAUCGAAGACUUUAACCAGGAAAGCAAAGGAGAGACUCCUGCAAUCGAAGAGCAGCCAGUCAGCAAGGAGAAAUUGAACUUCUUCGAGGGGUAUGUGAAGGGCAUCGAUGCUGUAGGCACUUCGACCGCCAGUAAAAAUGCGACGGAGCAGCAAGACUUGCAAGCGGCUACUGCGGCUCUGGGCAACGCGGCUACCGAUGUGGAGGUAACGCCAAUAGCACCUAGCGUGCCAUUCACUCCGAGCACACCGAAUGCACCAAGCACAACGCCCAGCACCUCGCCCGGCACAAUGCCACAACCGAUGCCAAAUGUUAUACCCUUGGGUGAUCCAAAAGAAACGCAGAUCUGCGCCAGCGCACAGCCCGAGGUGGAUGAAACGCUCGCCAGCAGCGAACCCCAUGUGGAUCAAAUCAGCAUUGAGGUGCCAGACAGCCUGGGCCAGCGUCUCAACGAUAUGGCCAUUGCAUCCAUGCAUUUGUCCUUUGAAAUGGACAUGUCCAACGUGCGGGAUGCCAUAAUGAAUGGCGACGCGCCCGAGAAAGCCGAACCCACAUUGGGCAACGAUGCGAUGGUCUUCCUAGAAACCAAAGUGGAAGCAGAUCCCGAAAACGCGCCACUGAAUACGGUGCCACUGCGCUUCAAUGCCCUGAUCAAGGGCACAGUUCAAAUCGAUGCCGACAAGCUUAAUCCAGAUCAACUGACCGAAGCAAUGUUGCCAGAAUACAAUGAUGCAGUCACCUCCAUUGCCGCCAGCGUAUGCAGCACGGCGCUACAGAGUGGAUUUUCAUCCGACAACGCUGCCGAACAGCAGGCAUCGACUGCAGAGUCGAUGCCGAUUCUCAAGGCAAAGUCUGCGGCAAAUGCUCGCAUGGCAAUGAAACGCAAUCAGGCGAUGAAGCGCAUGAAGCAGCAGCAUAGCCGUCCCAGAAUGAGUACAAUGCCUGUGCCGGAAAUUCAGAGCCCAUACUUAAAGGAUGGAUGCAAAUAUCCCGUCAUUAAGCCAAAAAAGAAGUGCCCCAAGAAGUGCCCGCUACUCGAUGAUCCCUGCAAGGAAGAUCCAUGCAAGCGUCCACAGGAACCGAAAAAGAAGACGCAAAAGAAGAAAGCGCUUCGGACCGUCGAAAUAACGGCCAAAAGUUCCGGUGACAAAAAAGGUAACGGUGCCAAUAAAUGUGCUAGUGACAAGAAAGAUCCCUGUGCUAAGAACGGUGCCGGCGGCAAAGGUGAAAAGGGUGGUGACAAAAAGGACCCUUGCUCAAAAUUCAAGAAGGGAGGUGACAAAAAGGAUCAAUGCGCCAAAAAGGACGAUAAAAAGGAUAAAUGUGCUCAGAAAGAAGACCCGUGCAAAAAGAAGGAUCCAUGCGCUAAAAAAGACGAUCAAAAGGAUAAAUGUGCUAAGGACGAUAAAAAGGAUAAAUGUGCUCAGAAAGAGGACCCAUGCAAAAAGAAGGAUCCAUGCGCUAAGAAAGACGACAAAAAGGAUAAAUGUGCUAAAAAAGAGGACCCAUGCAAAAAGAAGGAUCCAUGCGCUAAGAAAGACGACAAAAAGGAUAAGUGCGCCAAAAAAGACGAUAAAAAGGAUAAGUGCGCCAAAAAAGACGAUAAAAAGGAUAAGUGUGCCAAAAAAGACGAUAAAAAGGAUAAGUGCGCUAAAAAAGACGAUAAAAAGGAUGAUCCAUGCAAAAAGAAGGAUCCUUGUGAUAAAAAGGGAGGCAAAGGCGACAAGAAGAAAGACCCUUGCGCCAAGUUCAAGAAGGGCGAUAAAAAGAAAGUCUCUUGCGCAAGCAAAGACAAAAAGGAUAAAUGUCCUAAAGAGGAUCCUUGCAAAAAGAAAUAUUCCACAUUUAGUAGCCCCGUCUCAAAAUUUUAUCAUUCCAACAGCUCACACAUGCCCUUCAUCCGUAACCACAACCGUUUCAUGUCAACAGCCAUAUUUAACCAUAGUCCCCAAGUGUUCUCAGAGAAAAGUAGUUCAAAUUUAAUGCAUAAUCUGAGGGCCUUUACCACGGUGUGUCACUACAGUGCUCGAUCAGCUGAGCAAAAAAGCUCGCCCGCGAAAUUCUUGGUUUACUCAACUCUUGUGCGCCGGCAUUACGGCGGCAUGCCCACCGUCACACAGAUGGGCGCCUGGGGCAUCAAAUCGCAGAAUGUGCGUCAACUAAUCCAGCGUGGCUAUAGUAAGAAGUCCAAGAAGAGUAAGGAGUUAAAGGCUGGCGAUGCCAAAUGUGCAGCUCUGGCCGACAAACCCAGCAUAAAGAAACGCAAGCACGUUAAGGCGCGUACGGGUCUGCGUACAGAUUGCUAUGACAAGUAUGAUAAUGAAUGUCCAAAGGUAUUCUGUACUGGCAAAUGUGAUGAAGUUAAGUUUCCACGCAAGAAAUGCGACAAAUCGGAAAAGAAGCCAAGAACCGUGGUGCCCAAGAAACCAAAGAAGCAGCUGCCCCCCAUAUGCAUGGUAAAUAAAGAGAAGGACAAAAAGGAUAAAGAAAGAAAUAAGCUCCUUUCCACGGGCUCAUUCACUCUUAACCAAAUGCGCAUGCACAGCGAUUCAGCGCACAGCAAAAGGGGCUACAACUCGCAGAUCAAUAAGGCAGCAUUGAAAGAGUGUCCCGAUGAGGAAUUGCCAGACUCUGUGAUUGAGGUCAUACGCAUACCCGCUUCGUAUCAAAUAUGUAAAGAGCACCUGCCGCGACCAGAGCUAAAACCAUUCGAUGUCCUUAUUAGCACUGGCUCAAUAGCACUCACUGGAUCGGAUAUACAUGUAUAUGAGAAUGCAAAUCGGGAUCUGGAGGGCAUGACCUUGGGUCACGAUGCCACCGGCUUUGUGGAGCAGGUUGGUAGCUGUGUUCAACAUUUACAUGUGGGUGAUCGUGUCGUCAUGGAAUCGGCGCUGUCCUGUGGCGUUUGUGAUUAUUGCAAACGGGGCUUGUAUAACAUCUGCGCCGAUCUGGUAUACAACGGUUUCUUGGCUACCCAUCAGUCGCAUCCGGCUGACCUAUGUCAUAGACUGCCCGAUAAUAUUAGCAUGGAAGAAGGCACACUCACCCAAACGCUGGCAAUGGGCUGUCAGGCAUGCUUCAAGGCCAACAUCUCGCCCACAAGCAAUGUAUUGAUUAUUGGCUCCACCCCCACAGCAGUUGCGGCGGCGAUGUGUGCAUCAGCAAUUGGCGCCCGAAAAGUGACUAUUGCUGGAACCAUGAGCUCCUCACUGGAAAUGAUAAGAAAGGAAUUUGGUUUCAAUAUAAUACACUUUGAUACGAAUGCACUUUUCGGUGAGGUGCUCGAAGCGGUGUACAGCAAAUUCCAGGAAUGGCCCAAUUGUGCCAUCAACUGCGCCAUCACGCCAAUGACCAUGAAUUUGACCGUGAUGGCAUUGCAGCCAUGUGGUGUCUGUGUACUAGCCGAAUGCGAAUCCGAAUGUGCCAGUUUCAAUGCCCUCGACAUACUCAUGAAGAACAUACGCCUAAUACCGAGCUUUCGUUCCGCCAAUAUGUAUCCAACGGCCUUGCAACUUAUGAAAUCUGGUCGCGCACCAAUGCAUAAAUUCAUUGCCAAAACGUUUUCAUGGAGCAUGAUAGAGGAUGCAUUUAAAAGUGCGCAGCAUGAAUCAAACGUUGGCUUGCGAAAAAUUAUCGUUAAUAAUAUAGAAGAAACAAACAUCGGGGGACUGUUCAAAAAAAACUAAAAUCAAUUUCAAAGACCAAUUGAUCGAUAAUAAAAAUUUUUUGUUCUCUUAAGGUAAUGCUGUACAUAGAAAAGACCAAAUGGCGGUGUAAUAAAAAAAAAUUUGAUACAA